GUGUCUGUGGCUGCUGCGGCGCUCUACGCCCCAGGUACAAAAGGCUGGUUGACAACAUCUUUCCUGAGGAUCCCGAGGAUGGCCUGGUGAAGACCAACAUGGAGAAGCUGACCUUCUAUGCCCUCUCAGCUCCAGAGAAGCUGGACCGAAUUGGCGCCUAUCUCUCCGAGAGGCUCAUCCGUGAUGUGGGUCGUCAUCGAUACGGGUACGUGUGCAUCGCCAUGGAGGCACUGGACCAAUUGCUCAUGGCCUGCCAUUGCCAGAGCAUCAACCUCUUCGUGGAGAGUUUCCUCAAGAUGGUGGCCAAGCUGCUGGAGUCAGAGAAGCCCAACCUGCAGAUCCUCGGCACCAACUCGUUUGUGAAGUUUGCCAACAUCGAGGAGGACACCCCAUCGUAUCACCGGAGCUAUGACUUCUUUGUGUCCCGCUUCAGUGAAAUGUGCCACUCCAGCCACGAUGACACGGAAAUCAAAACCAAAAUCAGAAUGUCAGGCAUCAAAGGUCUGCAAGGGGUGGUGAGGAAGACAGUGAACGAUGAAUUGCAAGCCAAUAUCUGGGACCCACAGCACAUGGACAAAAUUGUCCCGUCGCUGCUUUUCAAUCUGCAGCACAUAGAGGAGGCAGAGAGCCGCUCUCCCUCGCCCCUCCAAGCACCAGAGAAGGAGAAAGAGAACCCAGCAGAGCUGGCCGAGAGGUGCCUUCGGGAAUUGCUGGGCCGCGCUGCCUUUGGCAACAUCAAAAAUGCCAUCAAGCCUGUUCUCAUCCACCUGGAUAACCAUUCUCUCUGGGAACCCAAGGUCUUUGCCAUCCGUUGCUUUAAAAUCAUCAUGUACUCAAUUCAGCCGCAGCACUCCCACCUGGUUAUCCAGCAGCUCCUGAGCCACCUGGACGCCAACAGCCGCAGUGCGGCCACGGUGCGGGCGGGCAUCGUGGAGGUCCUGUCGGAAGCUGCCGUCAUCGCGGCCACCGGCUCCGUCGGGCCCACGGUGCUGGAGAUGUUCAACACUCUGCUGAGGCAGCUGCGGCUCAGCAUCGACUACGCCCUCACCGGGAGCUACGACGGGGCCAUCAGCCUGGGCACCAAGAUCAUCAAAGAGCACGAAGAGCGCAUGUUCCAAGAAGCUGUCAUCAAGACCAUAGGCUCCUUUGCCAGCACGUUGCCCACGUAUCAGCGCUCCGAGGUGAUCCUCUUCAUCAUGAGCAAGGUCCCACUGCCUUCUCUGCAUCAUCCCAUGGAGACAGGGAGGACAGGAGAGAACAGGAACCGGCUGACCCAGAUUAUGCUGCUGAAAUCCCUCCUUCAGGUGUCCACAGGCUUCCAGUGCAACAACAUGAUGUCAGCCCUGCCCAGCAACUUCCUGGACCGCCUUCUGUCCACCGCCCUCAUGGAGGACGCAGAGAUCCGCCUCUUUGUUCUAGAGAUUCUCAUCAGUUUCAUCGAUCGUCAUGGCAACCGCCACAAGUUCUCUACCAUCAGUACCCUCAGUGACAUCUCUGUCCUGAAGCUGAAAGUGGACAAGUGCUCCCGACAGGAUACCGUCUUCAUGAAGAAGCACUCCCAGCAGCUCUACAGACAUAUCUACCUGAGCUGCAAGGAGGAGUCGAACAUACAGAAGCACUAUGAGGCGCUCUACGGCUUGCUGGCGCUCAUCAGCAUUGAGCUGGCCAACGAGGAGGUGGUGGUCGACCUCAUCCGCCUGGUGCUGGCUGUUCAGGACGUGGCCCAGGUCAAUGAAGAGAACUUGCCCGUGUACAACCGCUGUGCCCUCUACGCACUGGGUGCGGCCUACUUGAACCUCAUCAGCCAGCUCACCACCGUCCCUGCCUUCUGCCAACACAUCCAUGAGGUGAUAGAGACCCGGAAGAAGGAGGCUCCCUACAUGCUCCCUGAGGCCGUGUUUGUAGAGAAGCCCAGGUUGUCCCAAAAUCUAGACGGAGUAGUCAUUGAGUUCCUCUUCCGCCAGAGCAAGAUCAGCGAGGUCCUGGGGGGCAGCGGCUACAACUCCGACAGGCUCUGCCUGCCCUACGUCCCUCAGCUGACAGAUGAGGAUCGCUUAUCCAAGAGGAAGAGCAUUGGAGAAACCAUUUCCCUGCAGGUGGAGGUGGAAUCCAGGAACAGCCCAGAGAAGGAGGAGCGAGUGCCUGCCGAGGAGAUCACCUAUGAGACCCUAAAGAAGGCCAUCGUGGACAGCGUAGCAGUCGAGGAGCAGGAACGUGAACGGCGGCGACAAGUGGUGGAGAAGUUCCAGAAGGCACCCUUUGAGGAGAUCGCGGCACACUGUGGGGCCAGGGCAUCACUGCUGCAGAGCAAACUCAAUCAGAUCUUUGAAAUCACCAUCCGGCCCCCGCCAAGCCCAUCAGGCACCAUCACCGCAGCCUAUGGCCAGCCUCAGAAGCACUCCAUCCCGGUCUACGAGAUGAAGUUUCCCGAUCUGUGUGUUUACUGAAUCCAGAAGACCGAGCUCCUCGGCGGGGUGGGGUCUGAGGGAGGGGCUGGCCUCACAACCCACCCCUGUGGCCUGGAAAUGGAACUGAGAGGUCAGAGGAAAAGCAGCUUGGUUGGCGGCACCUCCCCAGCUAAGCAAGGGGGAGCCUUGGGCCCCCUGUCAGCCCCCCCACUUCCUCCUCGUCUUCCCUGAAGGAGAUCAGCCUCUGGAGCCAAUAAGCAUCUCACCUGCCCUUUGUCUCCUCCUUUGUGUCCGCCAAGAGCUGAGAACCUUGGGAGGGCUGGGGCUUACUCUCCGGAGGGAGACAGGGGUCCUGAGAAUCUCCUGCUUGCUGUAGGUCAGGAAGGGCUUUCAUGGGGGUGGGUCUGGGGGGCACAGCUGCCGAUCCCCCGGGAGGGAACUAAACAGAGACAUGGGACGACAGUCAGGAGGAUGCAGGGCGAGCUCCCAGCUGCUCUGGGAAAGCAGUGCUGUGCAAGGUUGGGAGGCGGCUGCUGUCUUCCAGAGCAUUCUCCCUCUGCCUGGAGGCCUCCAGCCUCUCCUCCUUUCCACUCUCCUGCUUGCCCUGCCGGUUGUGUCCUUGUGAUUCUUUCUAUUAUUAAUUCACGUCAAGCCCUUCCAACAGGAACUGCAGUCAAGACACCAUGCACAGCAAGAAAGGAUAAAAAUCCAGGAUGGGCAGCUUGGGCCAUAGAGGGGACUGGCUCUCCCUGGGCGAGGCCUGCCCCCUGUGGAGGAGCAGCAGGCAGAAGUGGGCAAGGCCACGUCCCCUGUUGCAUCCUCACCUCCCUCAUGGAGAGGGAGCUUGCUGGCCCCCCCCCACAGUUCUCUUCCUUCUGGAUGUUUCUCUAAGUUGAGUUUUCUCUCUGAUGCCCUUCUUCCUGAGGAUCCUAGCAUGUUUCUACAGCCCCUGAGUUGAGGGAGGGCAGAAUGAGGUAAUGGUUAAAGAAAAUCUGGUUCUAUGUGUCUCAAAAGGAAGAGGAAUUGUGAGGGCCUCCGGGCCUGCCCACCUCACUUCCUGUGGCAGAGGCUCCCGGCCUGAUUUGGGAGGGGGCAGGGGAGGGGCUUGUGAA